AUGCCUUCCGUGGUGAACAUCGCGGAGGCGGCAGAAGCGGCGAAGCGAGUCGCCGCCGCCUUUAUGGCGGCGCGCGCUUCCGGCCAGUCCGAGGAGCAAGCCGCUGCCGCCGCGUCGUCCGUAGCCAAUCCGGAGCCGGUUAAAACGCCGUCUUUCGUCAUUCCCAAGAACAAAAUCUCUAUCCCAGGGCAAUCGUUGGCGAUCGUGCCGGUCGGGGGAAGCGUUACGAAAGCUGGUGAGGAGGCGGAGGAUGAUAAGCCGAGGCGCCCUCGGAAGUACCGGUGGGGUCCAGAUCCGCUUCUGGAUCCCGCGACGCGCAGGGGUCGCGCGCUGGCCAUUCAGACACGAAUCGAGCAGAUCUCGUCGCAGCUGGAGCUGAACACGCUAGAGAUCGACGAGAACGAAGCCACGCGCUCGCCGUCUCCGCCGCCGAUCUACGACAACAUGGGACAGCGCCUUAACACCCGCGACCAAAGAAAGCGCGACCAGCUUGACAUUGAAAAACGCAAAGCAAUAGCCGAGUGUAUCAAUCUUAACCCGCACUUCAAGCCGCCUGCGGGGUACAAGCCUGUGUUGGAGGAGGCGAAGCUCUUCGUGCCGGUCAAGCAAUACCCGGGCUACAACUUCAUCGGCCUCAUUAUAGGCCCGCGCGGCAACACGCAGAAGCGGAUGGAACAGGAAACUGGUGCUCGCAUCGUUAUCCGAGGGAAAGGCGCAACGAAAGAAGGAAAGAAGGACAAGUACCAGGAGGGAGCGAGCGAGGACCUGCAUGUCUACAUCUGUGGUGACAAGCUGGAGAAGGUGGAUGCUGCUGUUGACAUGAUCGAACCUCUCUUGACCCCUAUCGAUGAGUGGCGCAAUAUCCACAGGCGCAAGCAGCUGAGAGAGCUCGCGCUGAUGAACGGAACGAUGAAGGACGUGCAGCAGGUGUGCUUCCUGUGCGGCGAGCCCGGCCACAAGGACUUCCAGUGCCCCAAGGAGAAGCUGCAAACCUUCAACGCCAAGGUCACGUGCGCCAUCUGUGGAGAUGGAGGCCAUCCGACCGUUGAUUGCCCCAGAAGGAGGGCCGGAGGGCCGCCGGUCAUCCGACCGUUGAUUGCCCCAGGAGGAGGGCCGGAGGGCCGCCGCCCUCUUCCUCUCCUGCCCGGCUUGCUCUCCUCCCACUUCGUUUUCUUCCUCUCCUGCCUGGCUUGCUCUCCUCCCACCUCGUUUUCUUCCUCUCCUGCCUGGCUUGCUCUCCUCCCACCUCGUUUUCUUCCUCUCCUGCCUGGCUUGCUCUCCUUCCACCUCGUUUUCUUCCUCUCCUGCCUGGCUUGCUCUCCUCCCACCUCGUUUUCUUCCUCUCCUGCCUGGCUUGCUCUCCCACCUCGUUUUCUUCCUCUCCUGCCUGGCUUGCUCUCCCACCUCGUUUUCUUCCCCUACCUUCCCAGCACUCUCCUCCUCCUAUCGUCCUACCCCUCUGGCAAGGGCAUGGACCAGGAGUAUCAGUCCUUCCUCAACGAAAUCAACGCUGACACAGACGGGCCGGACGGAAGGGGCGUCUACAGAUACGCUCCAUCAACGUAUCCUCCCCUUCUUUCCUCCCGACGCUCCUCCCCUCACAGGGCAAGGGCAUGGACCAGGAGUAUCAAUCCUUCCUCCACGAGAUCAACGCUGACACAGGCGGGCCGGACGAGGGGCGAUGGGAGAGGCGAUGGGCGAGGCAAUAGCAGGGGCGACGGCAGGGGGCGGUCAGAGCAUCAACUUAUCCUUUUCUUCUCUCCUCCCCGCUCUCUUCCUCCCACAGGGCAAGGGCAUGGAUCAGGAGGCAAGGGCAUGGACCAGGAGUAUCAGUCCUUCCUGAACGAGAUCAACGCCGGUGCAGGUGGACCAGACGGUAGAGCUUAUAGCAGCUACUUACAUCGCCCCGUUUCUCUUUCCUAUGCUCCCCUAUCUCUCUCUCCUUCCUCCCACAGGGCAAGGGCAUGGACCAGGAGUAUCAGUCCUUCCUCAACGAGAUUAAUGCCGGCAGUGGCGGGCCGGACGGAAGGGGAGACGGCAGGGGUGAUGGCAGAGGCGACGGUAGAGGAGAUGUUAGGGGCGAUGGUAGGGGCGAUGGCAGGGGGGAUGGCAGGGGGGACGGCAGGGGGGACGGCAGGGGCGGUUCUUAUUCCGAUCGGAGGGGUGGAGAUGGGUACAGGGGUGGUGGUGAUGGGUACAGGGGGGGGGACGGGUACAGGGGUGGCGACGGUUACAAUCGCGGCGGUUACAGCGACAGCGGUUAUGGUGGUAACCGCGGGGGGCCAGGGGGAGGGGGGGGGAGCGCCAGGGGGAAGUUCUUACCCCCCUGGGCGGGGUCCCCCAGGGGGUCCGCCCCCCGGGUCCUACCCCCCGCCAGGCAUGGGCGGACCUCCCCCCGGCCGCCCCGCGCCCUCGUCCUUCCCCCGCCCGUUCGCCCCAGGGCAGGGACCCCCCGGGAUGCCAGGUCAGCAGCCAGGUCAGCAGGGAGGAAGCGCGUACAGCCACGUGGGCAUGCCAGGUCAGCAGCCCAUGCGCCCAAGCUUGACGCCUGGCCCGCCUAUGGUCCCCCGGGGGCAAGGUCCCCCGCCUGUGGGGGGGUAUCCUGCAGGGGGGGCGGGGGGAGCGCCCCCGCCUGGGGGCCCGGGGGGAGCGCCCCCUGCCCCAGGCCCUGGGGUGUACGGUCAACAGCAGCAGCAGCCGCCGCCGCCGCAGCAGCAGCAGUCUCAGUACCCACAGCAGCCGCAGCAGCAGCAGUACCCUCCUCCCCAGCAGCAGCAGGGGUAUCAGCAGCAGCAGCAGCAGCAGCAGCAGCAGCAGCAGCAGCCGUAUGCCCCGCCACAUCAGCAGCCAGGUCAACCCGGUCAACCUGGUCAACAGGGUCAACCGCCGUCCAGCCACCCUGCUCCCGCCUGGGGGGAUGAUCGCGCCAGCAAGCUGCCGAGAAUGGAUGGUGGGCCGACUGACGCCCCCUCCUCCUACCCGCCACCCCAGCAGCAGCAGACAGGACAAGGAAUGCCGCCCCGGCAGCGCACAGGGAUUGGGUACCAGGCUCCUCCUCCUGGUCCGUCUGGCCCGUCUGGGUACGGCCCUCCCCGCCCCUCACCUGGGUACGGACCUCCUUCCGGGCCUCCCUCCGGACCACCUUCCGGACCUCCUACCGGGCCUCCCGGGCCAUCUGCCCCAGGGGGAGCUUAUGCCCCCCCUGCUUCCGCUGGUCAGCAGUAUUCGCAGCAGCAGCCUCCCCAGCAGCCUCCCCAGCAGCAGCAGCAGCAGCAGCAGCAGUAUGGGAUGGCACAAGCAGGAGCAGCGGCGCCCACUCCCCCCGCCUUCCCUCCCCCGCCCCAGCCCAGCUCCCCCCCGCCCCCGCCUCCGCCUCCGCCCAGCAGCGGGGACUCCCCUCCCCCGCCUCCCCCCACAGACCAGCCCGCGCCUCCACCCAUGCCCCCUGCUGCGGGCGCCUAUGGUGCUCCGUCGUGGCAGCAGCAGCAGCUGCCGCCGCCGCAGCAGCAGCAGCAGCAGCAGGCGCCUCAGCAGCAGCAGCAGCAGCAGCAGGGGCAGCAGGGUGGCGGGUUUUAUCAACCCCAGCAGCAGCAGCAGCCCCAGGUAGGCGGGUUUGCAGCAGGAGGAGCAGCAACAGGGGGAGCAGGAGCAGGAGGGGCAGGAGGAGGAGGGCCGGGUGCAACUGGGCCUGGGAUGGGGGGACCAAUGGGGGGAGGGAUGGGGGGAAGCAUGGGCGGACCAAUGGGGGGAGGCAUGGGCUAUGGCCCCCCCAGGGGCCCGCCUACGGGGCAGCCGCCUUUCACCCCUCCCUCUGGCGCUCCCCCUCCCUACAUGCCCGGCCGCCCCCCUAUGCCAGGUAGCGGUUUUGGUGGUAACCAGUUCGCACCUCCCCCCCAGUGGGGGCCUGGUCCCCCUCAGGGCUUCGGGGGACCUGGUGGUCCCCGCCCUGCCUGGGGAUCUGGGGGAAUGGGGGGACCGGGGGGGAUGGGGGGACCUAGGGGGCCGGGGGGAGCUCCCCCUUUCCCCUUUGGCCCUGGUGGCGCGCCUGGGUAUGGGCUAGGGGGUCCGCCUCCCCCUUUCCCUGGGGCUAUGGGGGCGCCCAGGUUCCCUGGUCCGGCUGGUUACCAGCCGGGAGGGCCGGGUUUCGGGGGUGCUAGGCCUCCUGCUGCUCCCCCUGCGGCUGGAGGGGGGCAGGGAGAAGCGGAAGAUGCAGAGUAUGAGAAGCUGAUGGCGUCGAUUGGCGUGCAGUAG